AUUUUUGUGAGAUUUCCAUAACCUAUCUUCACUUUCCAAUUAACACAAAUUCCCCAUCGUAGUGGGAGACAAGAUGUCUUUCUUCAUUAAAUUCUCCUCCUUCGAGAAUCGUGUGGCAGUAGGGAAGGUGAGGAUGUGCUGAUAGUGGAUUCCACGUGGCAGUACAUGGAGUGCUUGACUCAGAAAGUGGAAACAGGUGGAGGCAUGGGAUUCAACCGUUCAAGAUUAAUUACUCUUGGUGCCAAGAGCAUUCAUUUGCAUCGAUCAAAUUUCCAUUCUGAACCGUAUUUGGUGCAAUGGUGGAUGUCUUUCUCCGAUCAGACCUUGGACCUUGAAAAUCCUAAAAGUAGUUGCUGCCAAAUAACCUUAGAAGUUUUAGCUGGAGUUAGAGAGGGUGAUCGUGAAGAACCUUUGGAGGAAACCUUACUCACUGUUUGGCCGGAAGGCAGCGUAGGACCGUCUGGUCAGUAAAAUCUUAGAUAGUGUUCGGUAUUAUCCUUUUUGUAGUAUCGUUCGGUCCGAGGUUGAACCUUGACCGAUCGGUCUUAGCUUGUGUAUUCUAUCAGAUUUGUAGUUCUUGUAAAAAUUUUAAAUUCUAUAUGAAAUUUCAUGUUCUU